AUGUCUUCCAACGGUGUCACCGUGCCCUCGUGGCAGAAGCACCAGGCCGGCACGUUCCUGUUCACGUCCGAGUCCGUCGGUGAGGGCCACCCCGACAAGAUCGCCGAUCAGGUCUCGGAUGCCAUCCUCGACGCCUGCCUGGCGGAGGACCCCCUCUCCAAGGUUGCCUGCGAGACGGCCACCAAGACCGGCAUGGUCAUGGUCUUUGGCGAGAUCACCACCAAGACCAAGCUCGACUACCAGAAGGUCGUCCGCAACGCCGUCAAGGACAUUGGCUACGACGACUCGGCCAAGGGCUUCGACUACAAGACGCUCAACCUGCUGGUCGCCAUUGAGGAGCAGUCGCCCGACAUUGCCCAGGGCCUGCACUACGAGAAGGCCCUCGAGGAGCUCGGUGCCGGCGACCAGGGCAUCAUGUUCGGCUACGCCACCGACGAGACCCCCGAGCUGUUCCCCCUGACGCUGCUGCUGGCCCACCGCCUCAACGCCGCCAUGUCGGCGGCCCGCCGCGACGGCACCCUGCCGUGGCUGCGCCCGGACACCAAGACCCAGGUCACCGUCGAGUACAAGCACGACGGCGGCGCCGUCGUGCCCCAGCGCGUGCACACCGUCGUCGUGUCGGCCCAGCACGCCGAGGACAUCACCACCGAGAAGCUGCGCUCGGAGAUUCUGGAGAAGAUCAUCAAGAAGGUCAUCCCCAGCAAGUACCUGGACGACGAGACCAUCUACCACGUGCAGCCCUCGGGCCUGUUCAUCAUUGGUGGCCCCCAGGGCGACGCCGGCCUGACCGGCCGCAAGAUCAUUGUCGACACCUACGGCGGCUGGGGUGCCCACGGCGGCGGUGCCUUCUCCGGCAAGGACUUCUCCAAGGUCGACCGCUCGGCGGCCUACCUGGGCCGCUGGAUCGCCAAGUCCCUGGUCGCUGCCGGCCUCGCGCGCCGUGCCCUCGUCCAGCUCUCGUACGCCAUUGGCGUCGCCGAGCCCCUGUCGCUGUUCGUGGAGACCUACGGCACCUCGGAGAAGUCGUCGGACGAGCUCGUCGAGAUCAUCCGCAACAACUUUGACAUGCGCCCCGGUGUCAUUGUCAAGGAGCUCGACCUGGCCAAGCCCAUCUACUUCCAGACGGCCAAGAACGGCCACUUUGGCACCAACCAGGGCUUCUCGUGGGAGAAGCCCAAGACGCUCAAGUUCUAG